AUGGUAGAAAUCAAAGCAUCAGAGCGGCAGCAGUACUGUUUAUAUAUAAAAGAAACAAGCUUUGUUAACACUUUCGCUGCGGCAUCGGUGCAGGCGCGCAACUCUCCAGUGCGGCCCGGCAACAUGCGGGCCGACGAGCCCGAGGCGAGCAGCAGCAGCGGCGGCGCCGACGGUGAGGCGCCCGCGAUGGGGGAGGGCGCGCCGGGCCGGCAGGAGCUGGCAAGGUCCGCCGGCGCGCAGUGGAACAACCACCGCAACAUCUCGGAGCUGCUGGACAACCUGCUCAGCGGGUACGACAACAGCGUUAGGCCAGACUUCGGCGGUCCCCCGGCUAUCGUGGAAGUAGACAUCAUGGUGCGCAGUAUGGGACCGAUAUCCGAAGUAGACAUGACGUAUUCGAUGGACUGCUACUUCCGGCAGUCGUGGGUGGACCGGCGGCUGGCGUUCACCGGGGGAUCCAAGGAGACGCUGGCGCUGAGCAUCUCGAUGCUGGCGCGCAUCUGGAAGCCGGACACGUACUUCUACAACGGCAAGCAGUCCUACCUGCACACCAUCACCACGCCCAACAAGUUCGUGCGGCUCUACCGGGACGGGCGCGUCCUCUACUCCUCCAGGUUGACCAUCAAGGCCGGCUGCCCCAUGAACCUGGAGGACUUCCCCAUGGACACGCAGCGCUGCCCGCUCAAGUUCGGAAGCUUCGGCUACACGACGACGGACGUGGUGUACCGCUGGAACCGGCAGCGCACGGUGGCCAUCGCGGAGGACAUGAAGCUGUCGCAGUUCGACCUGAUCGCCACGCCGUCCGCCAACCAGACGGACGUCCUCAAGUCACAGGACUCGCUGGAGAGCGAGUACUCGAUGCUGCUGGUGAGCUUCCACCUGCAGCGGCACAUGGGCAACUUCCUGAUCCAGGUGUACGGCCCCUGCGUGCUGCUGGUCGUCCUCUCGUGGGUGUCCUUCUGGCUCAACCGCGAAGCCACCGCCGACCGCGUCUCUCUCGGAAUAACGACGGUACUGACGAUGACCUUUCUGGGCCUCGAAGCCAGGACUGACCUCCCAAAGGUGCCCUACCCCACCGCCCUCGACUUCUUCGUGUUCCUCUCGUUCGCGUUUAUUUUUGCAACCAUCAUACAGUUCGCCGUGGUGCACUACUUCACCAAGUACGGCUCUGGGGAGUGCUACUUCAGCUCCGACCUCAGCUCCGUCUCCAGCUCCGACGACGAGGACGAGGACACGUGGUCGGCGCGGCGCAGGCGCACCAUCGAGCUGCCGGGUGAGCCCGGCUCGGUGGCGCCGGUGGGCCGCAAGGCGAGCUCCGGCAGCGUGGGCGGCGUGGGCGGCCGGGGCGGCUCGUUCCUGAGGAGGCUGCAGGCGGCCGCCACGCCGCAGCCCUCCUCCUCGUCGUCCGCCGACUCGGCCAGGUUCGUCGAGGUCAUCCCGCUGUCCGAGCUGCGCGUGCUGCCCGCCUCGGCGAGGCGCCGGCCCAGCGCGUGGUCACACCAGCAGCUGCAGCAGCCGCACGCGUGCCGCUCGGCGCCCAGGAAGAAGCGGCGCACGCCGCGCUUCAACUCCGUCUCUAAGAUCGACCGCGCGUCGCGCAUCGUCUUCCCACUGUGCUUCCUCGCCAUCAACAUGUUCUACUGGUACUCCUACCUGUGGCGCAGCCGCCGCCUCUACCACGUGCGCGCCAGCGGCGACGCGGCCGCGUCGUAG